GUGUCCAAAAAGAAAGCAUUGACUUCCCUGCCAUAUCUUGCAUCUAUAGUUUUUCUGCCCUGGGGAAUUUCUCUAUCAUUUAAUAAAAGUCUGGAACCUUGGGUUACAAAUUGGUGGAAUACCAGCCAAUACGAAACUCUUUUGAAUGAAAUUCAAGAAAAUAACGUUCUUGAAAGAUUCAUAGAAUUAGAAGAACUAUUCUUGUUGGACGAAAUGAUAAGGGAUUAUCCGGAGACACAUAUACAAAAGCUUCGUAUAGGAAUCCACAAAGAAACGAUAGAAUUGGUGAAAAUGUACAAUCAAGAUUAUAUCCAUAUAAUUUCGCAUUUCUCGACAAAUAUAAUGAGUUUCGCUAUUCUAAGUGCUUAUUCUAUUCUGGGUAAUGAAGAACUUGUCACUCUUAAUUCUUGGGUUCAGGAAUUCUUCUAUAACUUAAGUGACACAAUAAAAGCUUUUUCUAUUCUUUUACUAACCGAUUCAUGUAUCGGAUUUCAUUCGCCCCAUGGUUGGGAACUCAUGAUUGGUUCGGUCUACAAAGAUUUUGGAUUUAGUCAUAACGAUCAAAUUAUAUCCGGUCUCGUUUCCACUUUUCCGGUUAUUCUAGAUACUAUUUUGAAAUAUUGGAUCUUCCAUCAUUUAAAUCGUAUAUCUCCUUCACUUGUAGUUAUUUAUCAUUCAAUGAAUGAAUAA